AUGGGAAAAACCUGCUUUGACAUCACAGACUUGGAUCUUGCCAAAGCCGCUCCCAUCGAUGUCCUGAAGGUCCUGGAGCUGUCGGAGGACAUGGAGGGAGUGUCCCUGGAGGCCGGUCUGUGCACCAGCAGGACGGGCCGAGAAGAAACUGACCUCUCCUUUAAAAUCGAUAAGAAGAUCCAACUGAGCGCUCCCACCAAGCAACUCUUCCCCGAUUCUCCGUUCCCUAUGAAUUUCUCCGUGAUGACGACAGUUAAAGCUGUGAAAGGCUCACAGGUCUUUCUCCUCUCCCUGUACGACUCGCAGGGCACUCAGCAGCUCGGGGUGGAGGUCGGACGUUCUCCUGUCUUCCUCUAUGAGGACCACGAGGGUCAGCCGCCUCCCGAACUUUACCCCACCUUCAGGAAGAUCAACCUGGCUGAUGGCAAGUGGCACCGAGUAGCCUACAGUGUGGAGGGCCAGUCUGUGACCCUCUACCUGGACUGCGUCAAGCUGGACACGCUGGACCUGCUCAGAGGUCACGACCCCCAUGUCAGCACCGAGGGAGUCACCGUGUUCGGAACUCGGCUGCUGGACGAAGACGUGUUUGAAGGGGACAUCCAGCAGCUGCUCAUCGUGGACGACCCCCGAGCAGCAGAGACGUACUGUCAGGACUUCAUCCCAGACUGUGACGCAGCUCUGCCCUACGACAGCAUUCUGACGGAGGCUGAGGAGGUGGAGAGAGUGCCGAAGAAACGUGUGGUGGAAGCGUUUGAGGAGUUUGACUACAGCGACCUCUACGAGGACGUCUCCACGGUGACCGUCGGCCCGAAUGUCACAGAGUACGAGAUCGUAGAGUACGAGGACUACGACAACUCUACAGAUUACUACCAAGUGAACGAGUACGAGGAGGAAUACGACGAGGGUUAUGGACCGGCUCAGAGAGAGCGGGAGUAUUCUCUCAACACACAGAACUUACCAGAGAAAGGAGAGAAAGGAGAACCAGGCAUUUUGGGACAGGGAACGCAGAUCACAGGAGCCUACGGGCCUCCAGGACCUGAGGGAGAGCCGGGGUCUUCUGGCAUCACAGGACCAGUGGGACCUCGAGGAGACCCCGGGGAGCUGGGGCCUCCAGGGCGGCCGGGUCUGGACGGAGCUGAUGGGAUCCCAGGUCCCCCAGGCAACAUCAUGCUCAUACCGUUCCAGUCAGGUGGCGGUCCAAAGACAGGUGCUGUGGUUUCUGCACAGGAGGCGCAGGCCCAGGCCAUCCUGCAGCAGACCAAGCUGGCGAUGAAGGGACCUCCAGGACCACUCGGUCUCAGGGGACGACCCGGACCACUGGGUUCACCAGGUUCCUCUGGGCUGAAGGGGGCCAAUGGAGACAUGGGGGCAACGGGUCCUACAGGAAUGCCAGGUAUCCCGGGUCAGAACGGACGACUUGGGAAAAGGGGUCGCUCAGGUACAGAUGGAGGCCGUGGUGCAAUCGGAGAAUCUGGAGCCAAGGGUGAUCGAGGGUUCGAUGGCCUGCCUGGUCUCCCGGGAAACAAAGGACAUAAAGGGGACAGAGGUAAACCAGGUCUGUUAGGUCCUUCAGGAGAAUCAGGGGAAAAGGGAUCUGACGGGCCGGCCGGGCCAAGAGGACAGCCAGGUGAUGCUGGCUCCAGAGGUCUGAAUGGCCCCAGAGGUCGUGCUGGUCCCUCAGGCCAACCUGGCAUUCGAGGAAUUGAUGGCGUUCAAGGCUCGAAGGGAAACAUAGGAUCACCGGGAGACACCGGAGCACCGGGACAACAAGGCAACCCUGGAAUACUGGGCUUCCCUGGUCCUCAGGGGUUAGUGGGGUUGCCAGGAGACAAGGGGCCUCAAGGGAAGAAAGGGAUGCAGGGCUUACCUGGAAACGAUGGGCCCUCAGGUCAUCCAGGACGAGAAGGCACUCCAGGUGAAAAAGGCCUUCCGGGUCCUUCGGGGGUGCAGGGGCCUGUUGGGUAUCCUGGACAACGAGGGGUUAAGGGAGCAGAAGGAAUCCGAGGAUUAAUGGGAAGCAAAGGGGAGAAGGGAGAGGACGGUUUCUCCGGGGCCAAGGGGGAGAUGGGAGGGAAGGGCGACACUGGAGACAAUGGAGUUCCAGGUGGGAGAGGAGAAGAUGGACCAGAGGGACCCAAAGGUCAGACAGGUCCUCUAGGAGAAGGCGGCCCAUCUGGUAUUUUUGGAGAGAAGGGGAAACUGGGAGUUCCAGGGCUGCCAGGGUAUCCGGGACGUCAGGGGACAAAGGGUUCUGAUGGUUUCCCUGGUUCACUGGGAACUGCAGGAGAGAAAGGGAAAAAGGGUCCUGCAGGACAACCAGGAGGCGGAGGCCAGAGGGGUCCAAAUGGUGCUCGAGGUGGCAGAGGAGCACGAGGGCCGACGGGGAAAUCAGGAGAGAAGGGCGCCUCAGGAUAUGAUGGACCCCCAGGAUCUAAUGGAGAGAGUGGACCUCAAGGACCAGUAGGAAGGAACGGAGAGCCAGGACCUAAAGGAUCAAGCGGUCCAGGUGGGAAGGACGGACUUCCAGGUCACCCAGGUCAAAGAGGAGAAGCAGGAUUCCAAGGGAAGACGGGACCUCCCGGACCUUCCGGUGUCGUGGGGCCACAGGGCAAAUCAGGAGAGUCUGGCCCAACUGGGGACCGGGGUCACCCAGGGGCACCAGGGGUCCCUGGAGAGCAUGGUUUACCGGGGGCUGCUGGGAAGGAAGGUGGAAAGGGGGACCCAGGUUUGCCCGGGACAUCUGGGAAGAGCGGUCCUACCGGCCUGAAAGGAUUCAGGGGGAGUCGAGGGGCGGCUGGAAUUAUGGGGCCUCCCGGUCUGAAAGGAGGAUCAGGACCGAACGGACUCCAGGGAGCCCUCGGUGCCUCAGGCGAGAGGGGCUCUCCAGGAGUUGCUGGGGCCAUCGGACAGCCGGGUCGGGCCGGAACUAUCGGAGGACCUGGACCAAUGGGAGAGAAGGGGGAGCCUGGAGAAAAGGGACCUAUUGGACCAGCCGGUCAGGAUGGGGAUCAGGGAACUGUCGGAAUGCCGGGAGCUACUGGUCCUACUGGACCUCCAGGAGAUGACGGAGAUAAGGGAGAGCAAGGAGGCUCCGGGCAGAAAGGCAGCAAAGGAGACAAAGGAGAAGGAGGCCCCAAAGGUCCCACUGGCACUCAAGGGCCUAUCGGUCAGCCAGGACUCCCGGGUAUGGAUGGACUGCUAGGUCCCCGGGGCCAGCAGGGCAUGUACGGUCCGAAAGGAGACGAGGGUCUACGCGGCUUUAAGGGCUCCAGAGGACCGAUAGGAUUACAGGGCAUGCCGGGCCUGCCAGGAGAGAAGGGUGAGAGUGGACAUGGGGGACUGAUGGGUCCACCUGGGCAACAAGGCCCAUCUGGUCCUCAAGGACCUGUUGGGGGUCAGGGUCCAACCGGCCGACUAGGAAUGAUAGGACAGCCUGGUGUUGGUGGAGAGAAGGGGGAGGAUGGUGAGGCCGGUGACCCUGGAUCGGUCGGUGUUUCAGGAAAGAUAGGAGAUAAAGGAGACCUUGGGGAGAAGGGAGAUUCAGGCCUUCCAGGAGCAGCUGGUACUCCAGGAGCAAGGGGCCCUUCAGGCGAUGAUGGGCCCAAGGGCAAUUCUGGUUCUAUAGGUCUCACAGGUGACCUUGGACAACAGGGAGAAGCUGGACCCAAUGGCGUGGAUGGUCUGCCUGGUUCUAAAGGAGACACAGGGGAUCCUGGGAAAUCUGGACCGCCAGGAGCAGCAGGGGAACCGGGACCAUCUGGACCUCCUGGACGAAGGGGCCACUUGGGGAAACAAGGGAAGGAAGGAAAGGCAGGCCUGAAAGGAGUGAAGGGUGCCCCCGGUCUUGAGGGUCCCGUUGGGAAAACAGGCCCCGUAGGUGCCCAGGGGCAAUCUGGCAGGUCUGGCCCUCAGGGUCUCAGAGGAAUUCCCGGCCCUGCAGGUGAGCAGGGUUUGAAUGGACCAUCUGGCCAGACUGGACCACCCGGUCCCAUGGGUCCAUCAGGAUUACCAGGACUAAAGGGAGACCCUGGCAAGAAGGGAGACAAGGGUCAUGGUGGAUUAAUAGGUCUGAUAGGACCACCAGGGGACAUUGGAGAGAAGGGGGACAGAGGACUGCCAGGAAACCAAGGACUACCAGGACCAAAAGGAGAUGAGGGUCUAGUUGGUCCAUUUGGUCCCAACGGACCCCCUGGACCCACAGGCCUCUCUGGUGCUGCUGGUCUAAAGGGAUCUAAAGGAAACCAGGGUCCAAUUGGCCCCAGAGGAGACCUUGGUUCUAUUGGACCUCCAGGACCACCAGGUCGGCCGGCAACAGUGGUAGGAAUGGCGCCUCUUCACGAGCGAGGAAGGAGAAGGAGAACCCAGGCCUCGGCGGCGCAGGACAACUGGAUAAAGCAGAAGGAGGGCCAAGGCAUGGAGGAAGUGUUUGCAUCUCUGUCCUCUAUGAAGGUGGAGGUGGAGGGUCUGCGUAACCCACUGGGGACGUUCCACAGCCCCGCCCGCACCUGCAAGGAGCUGUGGUUCCUCCACCCUGAGCUCCCUGACGGCGAGUACUGGAUCGAUCCCAACCAGGGUUGCCAUCGAGACUCCUUCAAAGUGUUUUGUAACUUCACCGCACACGGCGAGACGUGUCUGCACCCGGACAAGAAGUUCCAGUCGGUGAAGUUGGCUGCCUGGAAAGGGGAGAAGCCCGGCACAUGGUACAGUCAAUUCAGGAAAGGAAAACAGUUUUCCUACUCUGGGACGGACGGCGUUCCCAUCCACAUCGUUCAGCUGAACUUCCUGAAGCUGCUGAGCGCCACGGCCACACAGAGCUUCACCUACCACUGCCUCAACUCUGCCGCCUGGCUGCACACCGCCACCUACGGCCACGAACACGCACUGCGCUUCAGAGGCAGCGACGGGGAGGAGAUGACACAUGAGAACACACAUUACAUCAGUGCACUAUAUGACGGAUGUCAGACACGCUCAGGGCAGGAGAGGACUGUGCUGGAGUUCCAGGCUCCUCUCUCCACCACGCUCCCCCUCAUGGACGUAACCGUGUCCGACUUCGGAAGCGGGAACCAGAAAUUCGGUUUCCAAGUCGGCCCGGUCUGCUUCAAUGGUUAA